AUGCGGUCGUUCUUCAAGAAGCCCGCUUGGGCAGCAAAUGCCGGGGACACGGGAGCGGAAUUCUAUCGGCGAUCAGGACAAACAUAUGGCGACAUUGUGGCGGCAAAUCGAGAAGCGCAUGAAAAAGCGAAAUUGGAAUCGGAAAAGCUCGGGUAUAUAGAGGAGAAUGUUGAUGAGACUGGCGGCAGACAUUCGAAGCGGCCUCGUCUGGCGAGCGAGUCGGAGAAUACGGCGGCAGAUGCUGCGGACACAAGUCAAUGCACCCAAAAAUCCGGGACAGAAGAGCCUCACCAGCCUCUUAAUUCGCCAGGAGCCUGUCGAGCCCAAAGAGAGGCUAAAUCUAUACUCGAAGAUGAAACAUUGAACAAUACUUCCACCUGUUCCCGCUAUGGUCGCCUAGAGGACAGUCCUUCCAUUCCUCUCCCGGAUAAAGCCGUGUCCUCUAACCCACCAACUCGCCUUUCAUCCCAAACCAUGGCUAUUACGUGCAAUGGAAUAGCCCACAAAGAAAUUCCACGUCACUCUAGUGCAGCCGCAACUCCUCGACCCGCGAAGCCCUCAGCCCCUCCCAGGGAAGAACCAAUUGUGCAAAUUCUCAUAACCUCUCAAAUCCCAGGUUCAAAGCCUUUGCUUGUUCAUCGAAAAAUGUCCCAAAGUCUAAGGGAUGUUCGAAUCGAAUGGUGUAAGCGCCAAGGAAUUACUAAAGAGAUGCAGUCGUCUGUCCACCUCACAUGGCGAGGUCGACGUUUGUUCGAUGUCACGACCUGCAGAAGUUUAGGGAUCAAGCUAGAGAGUAAGCUGACACUCUCGGAACUGGAUGAUGACCCGAUCGCAGGCCCAAGAGAGUUGCGUAUUCACAUGGAAGCUGUCACCGAUGACCCACUCCUUCUGAAUCGACCAGGUCUCCCACUAAACGAGGAUAAAGCAUCGCAUGCCCCUCCCGUUUCCGAAGAUGAUCAAAAUGAGCCGAUGAAGUUGACGCUCCGCAGUGCCGGAUUGAGUGAUUUCAGGAUAAGAGCAAGACCAAAGACACUGGUGUCUAAGCUCAUCUCAGUAUUUCGCGACAGACAGAACAUCCCCGCUAACCGAGAUGUGUCGCUUUUAUUUGAUGGGGACCGAUUGGAUCCUGAUACUUGUCUUCGUGACCAUGACAUUGCAGAUCUUGACAUGGUGGAUGUCCAGGUCAAAAGCCAUGUCUAA